AUGUACCGUAUCUCGAGCGAAGGGGCGGUAAUUCCUCCUCCUGUUGGCAUGCGAUCGUCCUCCCCCCUCGGGGGCCUCGGGACAGGGUCAGUGGAGCUGCGAUCAGACGGAUCUUUCAGGGACUGGCUGGUGGACAACGAGGGUCCAGGGCUGUGCGAGAUCUGCAAGAGGAGCAUCAAGGAAGAGAUGGUUCUAGCUGUGAAAGCUUCAAGUGCAGAGAACGGGUGGGAGGUAGCCAAGGCCCUGACAACCAAGACUGUGCGACUGAGCGAGCACGAGCUGCUGCCUACGGUAGAUGAGCUGGUAUACAGAGGAGGCUUCCCAGUGUCAAGCAUGCAGGUAGCGGACAGGAGCUUUCCUCUCAACCUGACCUUGUUCGCUUACUCUCCCUUCUCCCCGUUCGAUGUCGCCAUGUCUUCGAUCCCUUCCAUCGCUUUCGAGCUCCUCGUCGACAACCCUACGCGCUCAGCGUGCAACGUGACGUUCGGCCUGACGCUGCCGCUGUUGGCUGAGAAGGAUGUAGUGCGCCUGCCGUUCCAGACUGCAACAGUCGUCGGGAUGACGGGGCACGUUAGGAAGGAAAGUCGGUUCGAGGGAGUGUUCACUGUGGUGGGGCUGGAGGAGGAGGAGGAGGCGAAGCUGGUGGGAUGCGAGCUCAAGGUUUCGACGGGGCAUGGGUCGAGCUCUGAAUGGAGGGGGCGAGUGUUGGAUGUCAGGAGGUCUGAUAGCGAACGACAGCAAGUAACCUGGACCUCGUCCUCACUGCAUAGCGCGCAGGUGAAUCAGUCCGUCCUCUUGCUACAGUGCGAGGUGCGGGAGGAUGGAGAUGUACUUGCGGUCUUGCCGGGCAUGCCCUCCCUCUCUGCCUGCAGGACAGCAUGUGAGGAGGCACUGGAAUGCUUGUGUUGGUCGGCGCUGCCUGUCAAUGAAGGGCUAAAAUGCGUCCUGUUGCGCACGGUCUACCCUGCGAGAUGGAGAGCCGGGGGAUGGGCCGGAGUGAGAGGAGAAUGGCGGGUGCAGGAUACCUCGGGGAUGCGACGCAAGGAGGGUGGAGAGGAGGAGGAGGAGGAGGAGGAGAAGGCAGAAAUGAAUGCUGCAAGGGUUGGGCUUCAAGUACGACGUGAGGGAGAGUCGCACGCGUCAGGAGAGCUCAUGGUGGUCGGGCUGACGGAGAGGGAGGAGGGAGGGGGAGGGAGGGAGGAUGCGGUCCAUGCUUCUUGUACCGCAGCUCUAGCACGUGCGCCAACAGCUCUCAGCUCCUGCAUGGCGCAUACGGAGGAUACAGCAUACGGCAGGAAGUGGAAGGAGAAGGAAGGAAGAGACGUCGGCAACGCUUACGCUACUCGCUUCUCCUCAGCUCAGGCUCGUCGUGAUGCAGCUGAAUAUCACCUCCGCCACGAGCCCCGCAUUCUCCGAACCAUCUCCUCCUGGAAUAAGAUUUUCGCAGAGAGCAGUUUGGAUCAUCCGCUCAUUGACUUCCUCAUGAACAGCGUCUCCAACUUCAUCAAGACUGGCUUCCUGACUGCCGACGGACGAUGGCGCCAGUUCGAGUCUUUCUCUUGCAAUGACGAACCUGUCCACCUCCACCUCUACCGCUCUAUCCCCCUCGCCCUUCUCUUCCCUCAGCUGGUUCGAAACAUUCUGGACACAGGUCCCAUAGAUGAGCCCAAGUUUCCUUGCGGCUCGAGGAUGAUGGGAGAUUCCAACCCCGGCUUCGUGCUCAGCGUCCUCAACCUCUUCAUGAGCACUGGCGAUCGCCGCGUCCUCCUCGACUUCCUGGAGCCUGUUAUGUCCUCACGCUUCGGCCUUCCCCGACACCUUCAGAACACCUACGACUGGUUUCACUUUCACCUCAAGGACGUUUCCGCCUACAACGCCGUCCUCUACCUUGCCCAGCUCGCAGCAGCAGAGAGGAUCGCAGCUCUGGUACAAGACGACUCGUUCCAGCACUACUGCCAGCUCCACCUCAGCAAGGCACAAGAGAAGGUCAAGGAGCUCCUCUGGAACGGCAGGUUUCUUCGCGCAUGGUGGAACGAGGAGGGGGAGCUUGUCGAGGCUCUUCACACGGAAACCCUCUACGGGCAGCUUUGGGCCUUCCAGCUCAACCUUGGCCUGCUGCUGCCGAGGGAGAUGCUGCUCUCGCACCUGGAGGCGGAGAUGGGGAUCGCGUCCACCAAGUUCGGGCUGCUGGUCAUGUCAAACUACUCUGGACGAGGGGACAGGAAGGCAGGGAGGGACAACCUGAUCUGGGAGGCGGGCUCGCUCACGUGGUCGACGCUCUCCGUCUUCCUCGACGUGCCGCUCGCUCGCGCCCUCCUCCCCCUCUCCAACGUCCUCGACAAGUAUCGCCGUCACUUGCAAGACUUGUGGGACUGGAGGGACCUGACGGCGGGGCCCGGCAUGGACGCGAGCGGAGAAUGCGGCAAGAAGCCUCCUGGAGUGUCAGUAGACGGACAGCCAUGGUGUAACUCCCACUACUCCCGUCAGCUGAUCGGAUGGAGCAUCCUCUCUGCGCUGAGCCGAGGAUUCUACGACCCUUCCCAGCUGAAGCUGAGCUUCGAGCCAGCUGACGGAUGCCCUCGGGAGCGGCGGGUGACCCGCUCGCUCUCUCACUGCUCUCUUGCUGAGGAUGAGGGAAGUUUCAGCUGCUCCUGGGCCAAGUAG